CCCAAAGACCACUAUGAAAAGAAAGGGAAUUAAGAAGACAGUUAUUAGAAAGUCUGUAAGAUUGAUGCAACAGAACAAGGAGGCUGCUGCUACAUCUGGAACACAAUCAUUGGUCAGUGAGAGUGAUGAUGAAUCUUUCAAUCCAACCCUGUCAUUCCAUAGUUGUGACAGUGAUACUGUGUCAUUGGUUGAUAGUGAUAAAGAGGCUGAGGUAGAGGAUGGAAUAAGGAUGGAAGAUGUUGAUGCAGAUUAUUUUGAUCCAUUUGAAGGACCAUUUUGGGAUGAUGAAUGUGAUGACUUUGAUAAUUAUUUGACUAAGUUGUAUAAGAAUGGAGACUUGUACAAAGGCAAAGGUUUUGGGAACAUUGUGAUUAAGGAGUGGCAAUUGUUUACAGAUAAGCAACAUUUGAGGGAUGUGAUUAGGGAUUAUUGCAUACAAUCUGGUUUUUCAGUGAUUGUUGAUAAAGCAGACAGACUUAGGUACACAAUUAGUUAUAGUGAAGCAAAAUGUGAGUGGAGAUUGCAUGCUUCUAGGCUGCCUGAUGGUGUCACUUGGGCUAUAAGGAAAAUUCAAAAUGCUGAACACACAUGCUUGGGGUUAGAAACCAAAAACCUUAUGGUAACAGUGAAGUGGGCAUGCCAUGCCUUACUGGAGGACAUAAGGGCUAAUAAUGACAUCCCAGGUAAGACUUUGAAUGAGCUUUUGUGGUCCAGAUAUGGUAUUGAGAUGCCACAACCAAGCUUGUAUAGGGUUAGGAACAUGGCCUUGAGUAUCAUUCAUGGUGGGCAUGAUACAUCAUACAGUGCAUUGCCAUCUUACUGUGAUGUUAUCAAAUCAACAAAUGAGGGUUCAUAUGCAAAUUGUGCUUGGUAUCCCCCUACACAUCCUGAUAGACCACUAGUGUUUAUGAGCAUUGUUGUAUCAUUCAAGGCGUCUCUGGAGGGCCUUUUUUCUGGUUGUAGAAGUGUUAUUGGAGUGGAUGGGGCUCAUUCAAAGGGUAAUUAUGGUGUUGUUUUGUUAUCUGCAAUUGCCCUUGAUGGCAACAAUGAAAUGUUUCCACUGGCAUGGGGUAUUGUUUCAUGUGAGGAUGAAGAGAGUUGGAGGUUUUUCAUUUGGCAUCUUAAGCAUGUACUGGAACCAAGUAACAGAGGCGACAAUUGGUGCAUAAUAUCUGACAGACAGAAGGGAAUUGAGAAGGCUCUCACUGAUUUGUGGCCUAAGGCGCAAAGAAGGUAUUGUUGCAGACACCUUAGUGCCAACUAGAAGAAGUCUUUUCAUGGGCCUAAGUUAUGGCAAUUGUUUUGGCUAGCAUGUGGGGCAUUCUCAACCUUCACAUUUGCAAAGGCCAUGAAUGAGAUUGAAAAAAACAACCCUGAUGCAAGGAGAUGGCUUGCUAAUUUGGGUCCACAGGAGAGAUGGACAAAACAUAAAUUUGACCCUGAAUUGAAGUGUGAUGUUGGUAGGCCUUGUAGGAAUCGAAAGAGAGGUGAUGAUGAAGAGAGGAAGGCAAAGAGGAGCGAGACAAUAAAAUGUGGGAAGUGUGGGGAUUUUGGUCACAACAAGUCCAGUUGCAAGGGAGGGGCAACAAAAAAACAAAAGGCAGCAGCAACAAACACUAAUGAUGCUUCAACUUCCAAGUGCAAGGGAAAGAGCAAAGCAAAAUGAUUAGUAUUUGUGUUAUGUGAAUGUAAUUACUUAACUUCUGACUUCAUAUGGAUGAACAGUACAUUAAUCCUCUUUUGUAUACCUAAUUGAUGAAUAGUAGAUUAAUCCUCUUUUGUAUAAAUAAUGGAUGAACAGUAGAUUAAACCUCUUUUGUAAAAUUAAUGUAUGAUUAUGGAUGCAAAUUAUGUAAGAUUGUAUUCCAGAUUGUA